ACCGGAGUUGGCCUAAUCACACCCAGACCUCACUGCUUGCGAGUCCAUUCGACAAUCCUGUGCAGCCAACAAUCCUGCAGCCUGCUCCAUCAAUCACCCACGACAGCCUGUGGCACGUCCCGGGCAUUCCACGUUUCCUGCUCUAUCCGUAGCAGCACAAAGAUUGUCGCCGCGCCGCAGCUCCAGCCUGGUUGACUCCCACAGCUACCCGUAGACCCUCGAGCUUCAGUUGCUUGCCAUCAACCACCAUCGCGAUAAGUCUCUACCACGAAACAGUCUCCUGGGCCGAACCAUACCUCUAUCCGUCCUCUCGAGCCCUCCGCACGUGCCCAUCUGGGUUGCCAUAAGCUCGGCCGCGCUGCUAUGCCCGCUGAGGCCGCCACACCUACACCGAGACCAUGAGGGUGAGCAGCGCUCUCCGGGCGGCAGCCCCGUCAUGGGCCGUUGCCAUCCUGAUGCUCGCCGGUCUCGCACCGGUCACGGCAAAGGACGAGCCCACCAUCGAAGCCCACGAGUUCGACAGCCUGCCGAGUGGGCUCUACUACUUCCCGGGCUCCAACGUCAUCAUGUUCCAGGAGAGCCGGGACGGCACGGUCUGGCGGUCCGAGAAUGGUGGCUCGUCCUGGGAGAAGCCCAAGGGCGUUGACCAGAAGGAGGCUCUCGUCUUCGUGCCCCACGAGUUCGACCCCAAUCGCGCCUACAUCCUGACCGAAGGCAAAGAACACUGGCAGACAAAAGACAAGGGCAAGAGCUGGGACAAGUUCAAUACUGGCGUGCACACCAGCCAGCUGCGCAAGUACGGCUGGCUGGUAUUCAAUGCCGGCAACCCGGACCACAUCAUCUUCCACGGCAUGGAGUGCGAGAGCAUAUUCUGCUCCGGCGUGGUCGUCUACACCACCGACGGGUUCGAGAAGCCGGGCAAGUACCUCCGCGAAGACGCCGACGACUGCUGGUGGGCCAAGAGCUCGGAGCUCUUCACUACCGGCAAGAAGGAGGAGGAUGACAACAGGGUCAUGUGCAUCGUCAACGACUCCUUCUUCUCUGGCAAGGAGGCCAACCACCUCGUCAUGUCCGAUGACUUCUUCCGCGAGAAGGACGACGGCUCAAUCAGUGAAUUUGAGCCCGGCAUCAACAGCGGCGAGACAGUCGAGGGUGUGCUCAACCUGGUCACCGUCAAGAAGUACCUUUUGGUGGCGACGACGUCGAAGAACACCGACGAGAUGGCACUCUUUGUGACCCAGGACACCCAUGAGUGGCACCGCGCCGUCUUCCCCUCUGAUCACAAAGUCAGCCAACGAGGCUACACCGUGCUCGAGAGCACCAACUACAGUGUCCAGAUCGACGUCAUGAGCGGUUCUCGUGUGUCUCAGCCAAUGGGAAGCCUGUUCUCGAGCAAUUCCAACGGCACAUACUUUACACAGAGUGCUGAGCACACCAACCGUAACCAUGAGGGCAACGUCGACUUCGAAAAGGUUUCGACAAUACAAGGCGUUUUCCUCGUCAACCAGGUUGAUAACUGGGAGGAAGUCUUGGAGGAGGCAAAUGAGAAGAAGAAGAUCAAGACCAAGAUCACCUUCGACGAUGGCAGAACCUUUGAAAAGAUCACCGCCGGCGACGACGAGAUCCACCUGCACUCGGUGACCGAACUGCAUAAUCUCGGUGCCGUGUUCUCCAGCCCAGCGCCUGGCCUCGUGAUGGGCAAUGGCAACACAGGAAAGUAUCUCGACAAAUACGAGGAUUCCAACCUCUACAUCUCCGACGAUGGCGGUCGCACCUGGGUAAAGGGUCCAAAAGGCCCACACAAGUACGAGUUUGGCGACCAAGGCUCGAUCUUGAUUGCAGUAGAAGAUCGCGAGAACGGCGCCGUUGGCGAAGUCAAGUACUCUCUGGACCACGGUCUCGAGUGGAAGACGGUUUCGCUGCCCAAGGACAUCAAAAUCACCCCGUGGGUUCUGACAACCACCCAAGAUUCGACUUCUCUCAAGUUCAUCCUCACUGGUUGGUCCGGCAAGGACAAGAGCCCCGACAAGUUUUACGCCAUCUCCAUCGACUUCGAGGGCCUCCACGAGGACAAAUGCUCCGAUGACGAUAUGGAGACGUGGACUGCCCGCUUGGACAAGGACGACAAGCCCGGCUGCAUCAUGGGUCACACUCAGACCUACCGGCGCAGGAAGAAGAAGGCUGAGUGCUUCAUCAAGUCCGAGUUCAAUCUGGCCGAGCCUGACGGCGAGGCUUGCACCUGUUCCGACGCAGACUUCGAGUGUGACUUUAACUUUAAACUUGACGGGAAGGAGUGCAAGCCCGUGGGUCCCGUGAAGGCUCCCAAGGACGCUUGCAAGAGUGGCAAGGAUGACGAAACAUUCAUGGGUUCUUCCAGGUGGCGUCUCAUCCCUGGUGAUAGGUGCAAGCGCGGAGACGGGGAGCAAAAGGACAAGGAGAAGGAGUGGAAGUGCGCCGAUGCUCAGACACCGCCAAGCACACCGGGCAGCGGCGAGGUCGAUCACGAGGUCAAGUUGUUUGAGGGUGACUUCAACGGCAUUGAGAAGCACUAUCUGGAGCGCGGCGAGUCGAGCUCGUCAGACGACGAGACCAUCAUCGCCAGACCUUACAAGUGGACAGCCAAAGGGCUCGAGAACUUAGGCGACAUCGUCAUUACUCACGACUCUGGCAAGACAUGGAAGAAGCCCGAGGCGCUCAAGGACGUUUCCGUCGCCUACAUCGCCCCGCACCCGUACGUCAAGGACAUGGUCUUCUUCAUCACAAGAAAAGGAAAGGUCUAUUACAGUCCCGAUCGUGGCCACCGAUUCGACUCGUUUGAGCCGCCUGUGCCGCUGGAUUCGCUGCAAUACGGCCCACCCCUGGCUUUCCACCCAGAUCGCAAGGACUGGCUCAUCUGGCAUGGGCAAAAGUGUACCGGCAAGGACAACUGCUACAAAGAAGCCGCCUUGUCGACCGACCGAGGUGACAACUGGAAGACGAUCCAGCGAUACGUGCACCGUUGCGAGUUCACGGGUAACUCGGCCUACAACUUCCGCAACGAGUCGCAGAUUGUCUGCCUUGCCAACAAGCGGGAGGACAAUGAUGAGGGCGGUCCUCUCCAGCUUCUUUACACGGACGACAUCUCCAAGUACGACAUGAAGGUCGCUCUCGACGACGUCAAGGAGUUUGCCACCAUGGCAGAGUUCAUCCUCGUAGCCGCUGAGAACAAGACGUCAGGUGACCUUGCCGCAUACGCCAGCAUGAACGGCAGGGAUUAUGCCCCGACUCAGUUUCCUUACAACUUCAAGGUCCCGCACACCAGCGCUUACACAGUUCUGGAUAGCUCGACACAUGCGGUCAACCUCUUUGUCUUGACUGGGUCCAGUGACGGACGCAACUACGGCAGCAUUCUGAAGAGUAAUUCUAAUGGAACCUCUUACGUGCUGAGUGCGCCCGAAGUCAACUGCGACAAGGACUUCUAUGUCGACUUUGAGAAGAUGAUGGGUCUCGAAGGUGUCGUGCUCAUCAACACGGUCGAGAACGCAGAAGAUGAUUCUGCCAAGAAGCGUCUGCAGACCAAGAUCAGCCACAACGACGGCGCCGAAUGGGACUUCCUGCCCCCACCGGCCAAGGACAAGGAGGGCAAGUCUUUCAGCUGCUCGAGCAGCAAGGGCGAUGAGUCGUGUGCGCUGCACAUCCACGGCUACACGGAGCGCAUUGACCGCGCAAAGACGUACUCGUCCGAGUCCGCUGUGGGAAUCAUGUGUGGUGUUGGCAAUGUCGGUCCCAUGCUCGGAGAUCCCGAGGAUGCCGAUACUUUCAUGACAGUUGACGGGGGCCUUCACUGGAAACACGUCAAGAAGGGGCGGUGGAUGUGGGCCUUCGGUGAUCAGGGCGGCCUUGUCGUCCUCGCUCAGCGCGAGGAGAAGACCAAAAUUGUUUCGUACACGACUGAUCAGGGCGAGACGUGGACAGACUACAAGUUUACGGACGACGAGGUUGUCAUCUCUGACGUGACCACUGUCCGAUCUGGAUCGUCGCGGAACUUCGUCGUCUGGGGUGUCAAGGGCAAGGAGCUGUUUGCUGCCAACAUUGACUUCUCCGGACUUACCGACACCGAGUGCAAGCAGGACGAGGAUCCGGUCAAGUCGGACUAUGAAGUCUGGUCGCCCGAACAUCCCAUGCAGCCCAACGGGUGCCUGUUUGGCCACAAGAACAUGUUUCUGCGCAAGAAGAAGGACCGGAAGUGCUACAAUGGCAAGAAGCUGAAGUACCUGUACAACGUCGAGAACUGCGAGUGUACUCGACAGGACUUUGAGUGCGACUACAACUUCGAGCUCAACUCUCACCGAUACUGCGAGAAGGUGGAGGGCCUUCCGACCAUCUCCAAGGAAGAGUACUGCAGUGCUCACCCUGACGCCACCGAGUUCUACGAGCCUAGUGGCUUCCGCCGCAUCCCCCUCACCACCUGCAAAGGCGGCCUGGAGAUGGACAAGACGCAGCAGGUGUACCCAUGUCCAGGUCACGAGGAGGAGUUUGAGAAGGCGCACGGCGUCUCUGGCGUUGCCAUCUUCUUCGCCGUCGUCAUCCCCUUUAUCCUCGCCGGCGGCGUGGGCUGGUACGUCCGCAAGCACUGGCGCGGCAAUUUCGGCCAGAUCCGGCUGGGCGAGACGAAUCCGCUGGACAACGACUCGCCGAUUGUCAAGUAUCCCAUCAUUGUGGUCUCGGCUGCCGUGGCCGUGGUCGGCGCCAUGCCCCUGCUCAUCGGCAGCCUCUGGCGCACCGUCAGCUCGACGCUCGGCAACCUCAGCGGCCGCUCCAGCGGCGGUGGCAACUACAGCUGGCUACGGGGCUCCGGUGGUGGCGGGCAGCGCAGGUUCACGACCAGGGACAGCUUCGCGCGCCGCGGCGGCGAUUACGCGAUUGUCGACGAUGUUGAGGGUGAGCUCCUCGGCGAUGACAGCGAUGAGGAUGUCUAAAAAAUAAAAAAAAAAGGGUUGGAUGCGGGGGAUGUAGCUGUUAUUGUAACUAUAUGGCCGAAAUGUCGAGCCUGGGCCAUCUCGAGAGAGAAAGCCGGUCUUUGGAGCCCGGUGGGUGUGGGCGGUUUGCUCGGCCGCGUGUGAGCGAGGAAUAGCCAAGAUAUAGGAUUAUACAAGAUUAUUUCGUUUCA